AUGAAAAAAAGCAUAGAAAUAAUACUAAUCAAUUCUAAUAAUAAAUUAGGAAAAAAAGGAGAGAUAAUUAAGGUUGCAUCUGGUUACGCAUUUAAUUAUUUGAUUCCUAAACACAUAGCUGAAUUAGUCACAAAAGGUAAAUUAAAGCAUAAUAAUAUGAUUCAAAAAAUAGAAGAUCAAAAAGUAAAAGAAAAAACUAUUCAAUAUAGUAAAAUACAAGCACAACUACAAAAAAUACCUAAAAUUAGUAUAAAUAAAACAAUUGGUGAACGACAACAGAUUUUUGGUAGCAUAAACGAAAAAGAAAUACUUAAUACAAUAUUUAAUUACACUGGUCAAAAAUUUGAAAAGAAACAAGUAAAAUUGCCAGAAAUAAAACAAUUGGGUAUUUAUUAUUUCAAUAUUCAAAUUCUCAAUAAUAUUAGUUUAGAUAUUAAACUACAAAUAUUACCUAAACUAAAAGGAUAUAUUUAA